AUGAAGAUGAAUUUUGCCAUCACACUGUGUCUUAUUGUGUUCUGUGGCUUGAGUUUGGCCCAGGAUGAAGAUGAUGCUACCGAAUGUUCGCCAUGCGAACCUGGCCUAUGUGAUUUCCUUAUAGGGUUUGGUGCCAUGACCGAAAAACUGGCAGACAGUGAAACCAGGCUCAAGGACACUGAAAAGCAGAUUGUGGAGCUGCAAAACAAAGAGAGAAUCAAGGUAAUAUUCAGUGCAGCAGUAGGAGUAGGACAUAAAAACAUUGGGCCGUUCAACACAGACCCAACUUUAAUCUACAGAAGAGUGAUUACGAACAUUGGUGGUGCCUACAGUCAGUCAACAGGUGUCUUCACAGCACCUGUUGCAGGUGUUUAUUACUUCUCCUUCUUCUAUCAUGCUGGAGGAGAACAUCCAGUAAAUCUGCGGCUCUACAAGAACAAUGAACUAAUAGUAGACACCUCAGAUCACCAGUCAAAAGAGGACGGAGCUGAUAAUGGAGGAAAUGCAGUUUCCCUUCAGCUGACUCAAGGAGACCGUGUGUACAUCCGCAUGGCUGCUAAUACACAUGUUUGGGGAGGUGACUUACCCACAACUUUCACUGGUUAUUUGGUCGCUCAAAUGUGA